CAUAUCAAGUCACUCAACUCAACACGACCAAAUCUGUGCCCUAAUUUUUCCUGCAGUUACUUUCGAGCACGAUAUUCUUUAGAAUAAAAUAGAUCCUCGAAGAGGUUCUAUUGUUCCGAUUUCUUGUCUCUACAAUAAAAAUCAGGGUUUUGCUUCUGUAACAUUAGGGUUUUAGUAUUAGGAAAUCAUCAUUCUUCAUGUUUCUCGUCUCUUAAAUAAAGAAAGAUUUAUUUUUUAUUUUUUCUCUAUCUCUCUCUGUAAUAUUAGGGUUUUAGUUUAUCUGUUCUUGUUCGCCUCUGAAGAACAACGAAAACAAAGAAAUCCAAGUUUGGUUGAGUAAUCAUGGGAGUUCCAGCAUUCUACAGAUGGUUAGCAGAGAAAUAUCCAAUGAUAAUACAGGAUGUAAUCGAAGAAGAACCUGUUGAAAUCGAAGGAAUUUCAAUACCAGUUGAUACAAGUAAACCUAAUCCUAAUAAACUUGAAUACGAUAAUCUUUACCUUGAUAUGAAUGGUAUUAUCCAUCCCUGUUUCCAUCCUGAAGACCGGCCGGCUCCUACCACAUUCGAUGAGGUGUUUCAAUGCAUGUUUGAUUAUAUCGAUAGGCUUUUUGUGAUGGUUCGCCCACGGAAGCUUAUAUACAUGGCCAUUGAUGGUGUGGCUCCAAGGGCAAAGAUGAAUCAGCAACGGUCUAGACGUUUCAGAGCUGCUAGAGAUGCACAGGAAGCAGCAGAAGAAGAAGAGCGGCUGCGAAUAGAGUUUGCGGAGGAGGGAAGAAAGCUUCCUCCUAAGGGAAGUUCACAAGUCUGUGAUUCAAAUGUUAUCACCCCUGGAACUGAAUUUAUGCAUGUUUUGUCAGUUGCACUGCAGUACUACAUUCAUCUUAGACUAAACAAUGAUCCUGGGUGGAGAUCAGUUAAGGUUAUCCUUUCUGAUGCCAAUGUUCCUGGUGAAGGGGAACACAAAAUUAUGUCUUAUGUUCGUCUGCAAAGAAACCUUCCUGGUUUCGAUCCAAAUACCCGUCAUUGCCUCUAUGGUUUGGAUGCAGAUUUAAUUAUGCUGGCAUUGGCUACACAUGAAGUUCAUUUCUCUAUUCUUAGAGAGAUUGUCGUCAAUGCACAACAAGACAAAUGCUUCAUAUGCGGUCAGGUGGGUCAUUUAGCUGCAAACUGUGAGGGAAAGGCGAAGAGAAAAUUUGGGGAGUUAGAUGAAAAGCAGGACACUGCCGUAACAGCGAAGAAGCCAUACCAGUUCGUAAACAUCUGGACACUUCGAGAGUACUUGGGUUACGAGAUGAGAAUUCCUAAUCCACCAUUUGAGAUUGAUCUUGAACGUCUUGUGGACGACUUCAUCUUUAUAUGUUUCUUUGUUGGAAAUGAUUUUCUGCCUCAUAUGCCCACACUGGAAAUUCGAGAGGGUGCAAUCAACUUGCUGAUUGCUGUCUAUAAGAAGGAGUUUGGGGCAAUGGAGGGGUAUUUAACCAACGCUAGCAAGCCUGAUUUGAGCAAGGUUGAACACUUCAUUCAGGCAGUGGGGUCGUAUGAGGAUGUAAUUUUCACCAAAAGAGCUAGACUUCAUCAGAGGCAGGCGGAAAGAAUCAAGCGUGACAAGGCCCAGAAACAAAGGGGUGAUAAUGUGGAACCUACGGGGAAGCCUGAGUCGCUUGUCCCAGUUGCUCGGUUUCAGGGCUCUCGUCUUGCUUCUGCUCCAUUGCCUUCGCCAUAUGAACGAACAGGAUCUGCUCAAAAGGUGGCACGGCACACUUCUUCAGGGGCAUCUGUUGGUGCAGCGAUUGUUGAGGCUGAAAAUAGUUUAGAGCUGGAGACACGUGACAACAAAGAGGAGCUGAAGGCGAAGCUUAAAGACUUAAUUCGUGAGAAGUCAGACCUUUUCAAUGGAGAUGACCAAGAAGAAGACAAGGUGAGAUUGGGAGAGCAUGGGUGGAAGGAAAGGUACUACAGGGAAAAGUUCUCAGUUGAUACCUUGGAUGAGAUUGAAGCAGUACGAAAAGAUGUUGUUCUAAAAUACGUAGAAGGCUUGUGCUGGGUGAUGGAAUAUUAUUAUGAAGGUGUUUGCUCUUGGCAGUGGUUUUAUCCUUACCAUUAUGCACCAUUUGCCUCCGAUCUCAAGGAUCUUGGUCAGCUGCAGAUAAGCUUUGAAUUAGGUUCACCAUUCAAACCAUUCAAUCAGCUGAUGGGUGUCUUUCCAGCUGCAAGUUCCCAUGCGCUACCUGAGCAUUAUAGGAAAUUGAUGAGCGACCCAACUUCACCGAUUAUUGAUUUUUAUCCGACUGAUUUUGAAGUUGACAUGAAUGGCAAGCGGUUUGCAUGGCAGGGUAUCGCUAAAUUACCAUUCAUCGAUGAAAGUCGUCUUCUUACUGAGAUAAAGAAAGUGGAACAUACUUUGACGGAGGAGGAAGCAAGAAGAAACAGCUUCAUGCAAAAUAUGCUGUUCAUCUCGACAUCUAACCCGCUCUCUCCAUAUAUAUUUUCCCUUGCUGAUCGUUGUAAACAGUUGUCUAACAAAGAAGGGGCUGAAGCCAAAGAAAAAAUUGACCCAAAGGCCAGUGGCGGGAUGAAUGGGUAUCUAUCUCUUUGUAAUGGAGAUCCUUGCCCACCGGUCUUUCGAUCACCUGUAUCCGAGAUGGAGGAUAUUAUGGAUAAUCAAGUCAUAUGUGCCAUUUACAGACUUCCUGAUGCACAUACUCAUGUUGCUCGACCUCCAGCAGGUGUUAUAUUCCCAAAGAAGAUGGUCGAAGUAGAAGAUUUGAAGCCACCACCUACUCUAUGGCAUGAAGAUAAUGGAAGGAAACCAUGGGAAAAUGGCAGGCAAAACAACCACCAUGGAAAUGGAAGGGGUUCUGGUCGACAUCUUGGGGAGGCAGCACAUCGAUUUGUCAAUAACAGUUUACAGUUUAAGACAGACCGUAAUGGGGAGCAGAUGCAUGGACAAACAUCUUUCUCAAAUGGCAGGCAGCACAAUAGUAACCAUGGAAACUAUCCUCCCAGGGGCAACAACUAUCAAGCCGGGGGUCGAUAUAAUCAUGGUCCACCAUAUGCUUCUGCUCCCAAUAGUAAUUAUCCUAACCGUCCUCAGAAUGAAGAAAACUGGCAAGCGGCUCAUACCAGAGACCAUCAUCCCGUGCAUGAUUACCCCCCACCUCCUGGUGCAAUCCCAAUAGUUGGUGUCCCACCAUUGUAUCAUCCUGGUAACGUGGCACAAACAUAUGUGGCAGGUGGACACCAUGUAAACCAAAGAGGAGGCAGAUACAGCGGCUAUGGGAGCCAGCACUCAAGUGCAGGUGCUAAUAACCACCAUCACAAUAGAGGGGGCAGGUGGGGGGAUUCUGCAAAUCAAAGAGGUGGAGGUAGAGGUUAUGGGGGUUCUCAGCAUUCAGGGAAUCGCUAUGCAGGUUUAAACAGAGGAGGAUCAAGUAGAAGGCACAAUCCACCAAACCCUGGGUAUGGGCAGUCUUAAAUUGAUUCCUAUGCCAAUUUGAUCAAUUGAUCCGCUGUUUGUAUAUUAGGGUUCUUUAUUCAAAGAAUCCAGUCUUCCUUAUUUAACCUUGUUAGUUUAUUUCCAAAUUUUCCUUCAGUAGCAGUGCAGCAUGCCGUAUUUGUUUAUUUAUAUUUUCUAUUCAUAGAUAAAGGUGGUUCUGUUGUAUUCAACGUUUCUAAUUGUAUCCUAACAUAUUAAUCGAGACAAUAAUGUAGCAAGCUCAGUGGGUAGCUUUCUUCAUAAGUUCUCUGUUCUGUUUUAACAACUUCA